AUGCAAGACACAAGACAGACACUGGAGCUACCGAGCUCGAUACGCGUCAUCUCGCUGAACUGCUGGGGCCUCAAGUUCAUCUCAAAAUACCGCCAUGAACGUCUCGUAGAGAUCGGCAACCACCUCGCCAGAGUAUCGCCUGCUCCUGAGAUUGUCGGCCUGCAAGAAUGCUGGACUCAACAAGACUUCAACGCUAUUCGCGAACGAACAAAACAUAUCCUGCCCUAUGGAAAGUUCUACUGGAGUGGCAUCUUUGGCGGCGGUCUGGCCAUCCUAUCCAAAUGGCCCAUUGAGGAGAGCACCAUGGUCAGGUAUCCGCUCAAUGGCCGACCUGCUGCCUUCUACCGCGGCGACUGGUAUGUUGGCAAAGGCGUGGCCUGCGCCCGUAUCCGCCUGGGUCCGGGCAAGAAAGAUGUUGUCGAGGUCUUCACCACACACCUGCACGCUCCGUACGAAGCCGAGCCGAACGAUUCCUACAUCUGCCAUCGUACUGCUCAAGCAUGGGAGAUUGCAAAGCUCAUGCGUGGUGCUGCCGAACGUGGCCAUAUGGUCCUCGGUCUGGGCGACUUCAACAUGAUCCCACUAUCGCUGGCUCACCGCUUGAUCGAGGCUCAUUCCCCUGUCAAGGAUGUUUGGAGAGUCUUACAUCCAGACUCUGCCAUUGGUGCUGCCACACAUGAGGCCGAGAAGGCAAGAGGAAUGCCAGUUCCUUCAUCCGAUGAGUGUCUGAAAGAGCAUGGAACCACCUGCGACAAUAGGUAUAACACCUGGCGCUGGAACAAGGGUGACAAGAAGAAGCUGCUAGAGAAGAGAGAAGACACCCAUAUUGAUGGCUCACAACCAGAUCCGAAAGCCAAACGUCUGGAUUAUAUCUUCUUCGGCGGCGACGCGGAGGGCCCAGCAUCACAAUGGAGCAUCGACAGCGUCAACGUAGGAGCUACCGAACGACACCCAGAGCUGCUCUGCUCCCUCUCCGACCACUUUUCCGUAGAAACAACACUUACACGCUCACCUCACCCAACAAACACACUACCACAAUCAACCACUUUCCUACCUCUUGAAACCUACGACCAAAUCCUCGCCAUGAUUCACAAAUACGAGCUUCGCGAACGCAAGCAACGCAGGUACCGCUUAUACCACUUUGGCGCCGAGCUGCUCAUCGCCAUCGGCUGUCUGAUCGCCGUCUGGUGGUCACCACGCAACUUUGUAGCCUUCUUACUCAUGCUGCUGAGUACAUUGGGACUCUCAGCCGGCGUCAUCGACGGCUUGAUGGGAGGAUUAUUUGUAGGGAGCGAAUUACGUGCGCUCAAAGAAUUUGAGUGGGAGAUUACAAAUGCGAGGACGAUGGCUUUGAAUGCACAACAGGCCUUGUUGAAAUAG